GCAUACUAUAAAAUUGAAAGACAAUAAAAAUUUGAACAACAUUAAUUUUCUCAAACUCCAAACUCAAUCCAACAACAACAACAAAAAAACAUCAUGGAUUUUGUGACUCUGUUCUUGCCUUUUUUCCUUGUGAAGCUUGUUCUGAAAUUAAAGUAUCCCAAUUCCAUGAUUACAAGUCGUCUCUUCCAAGCAACAUUCCACUACUACCAUCCCUAAUCCAUUUCUCUUCCACCUUUUACCACUUUUUUUUCCUUUCUCACUCUCUUUUUCUUCUUACACUCACUUCUAUACUCAUUUCAUUUCCGUUCCAUUCUUCUAUUAUACUUCUUCCAUGUAGAUAUAUAUACACAUGCAAAUCCUAGAAUUCAGAAACAUGGGCAUACUCAAAUUACAUAAGAAAAUUUCCCUUUUUUGAAAAACCAUUUUGGAAUAAUGGGUAUGAAGGAAUUUUCAUUUUUUAUUCAUUGGCAUGAAAAAAGUUUCAAUUUUGAAUUGUGGGUAUGAAUAAAUUUUCAAUUUUGAAUUAUGGGUAAGAGUAAAUUUUCAAUUUUGAAUCAUGGGUGCGAAGAAAGUUUCAAUUUUGAUUCAUGGGUAUGAAUAAAAUUUCAAUUUUGAAUUGUGGGUGUGAAUAAAUUUUCAAUUUUGAAUCAUGGGUAUGAAGAAAGUUUCAAUUUUGAGUUGUGGGUAUUGAGUCUUAAGCCAUGACAGGGUUAACAGUGAAACCCCCACCUCAAAUGCAAUCAUUUGGAAUUUUCCUCCGUGAACCACCGCAAAAUGAGGUCACCAACGGCGAAAACCACCGCAACCCAUCACCGGUGAUAAAGAAAACCAUCAAGAAGACACUGAUCAUGGAUGAAUCAUCACUAGAAAACCCUGAUUUGGGUCCAUUUCUUUUGAAGAUGGCACGAGAUACCAUAGCUUCCGGUGAGAAUCCAGGUAAGGCUUUGGAUUAUGCAAUUCGGGCAUCCAAGACCUUUGAACGGGUAUCGGGUCCGGGUUUGGAUCUUGCCACGUGUCUGCAUGUUGUGGCUGCGAUUUAUUGUAGUUUGGGGAAGUUGGAUGAGGCUAUUGAGGAAUUGGAACGGUCAAUUUUGUUGUUGGAUGUUGAAAAUGGGUCGGGUCAUGGUAUGGUGAAAUUCUCUGGGUAUAUGCAACUUGGUGAUACUUAUUCUAUGACUGGAAGGUUGGAUAGAUCCAUUUUGUGUUAUGAGUCGGGUUUGAAGAUCCAGAUGGGUAUUUUGGGUAAGUCUGACCCGAGAGUUGCAGAAACUUGCAGAUACUUAGCUGAAGCUCAUGUUCAAGCCAUGCAAUUUGACGAUGCGGAGCACUUCUGCAGGAAGACACUUGAAAUUCAUAAGGAGCAUUGCUCACCCGCCUCCCUCACCGAAGCAGCUGACAGGCGUCUCAUGGCCCUUAUCUGUGAAGCAAAGGGAGAUUACGAACCAGCACUCGAGCAUCUUGUCUUAGCCAGCAUGUCAAUGAUUGCUAACGGACAAGAUGAUGAGGUUGCAGCUAUUGAUGUUAGCAUCGGGGAUAUUUACUCGUCACUGUGUCGUUUUGACGAAGCCGUUUUCUCCUAUCAGAAAGCACUGACAGUGUUCAAAUCCACCAAGGGUGAAAAUCACAGUUCUGUUGCUUUGGUGUUCAUUCGUCUCGCGGAUCUUUACUUCAAGACCGGAAAAUUAAGAGAGUCAACAUCAUAUUGUGAAAACGCGUUGAGAAUAUAUAGUAAGCCCGUACCCGGAAUAACCGCCGGAGAGAUUGCGAGUGGCUUGACCGAAAUUUCAGCAAUCUAUGAAGCUCUAAACGAGCCUGAGGAUGCGUUGAAGCUCUUGCAAAAAGCGGUGAAACUAUUGGAGGGUAUCCCUGGACAAUAUAGGACAGUAGCAGGAAUAGAAGCUCAAAUGGGAGUACUAUUCUACAUGGUCGGGCGACAUGUGGAUGCCUGGAAAUCUUUUGAUAACGCUGUCGUCAAGCUGAGAGCCGGCGGUGAGAGGAAAUCUGCGUUUUUCGGAUUCGUGUUGAACCAGAUGGGCUUGGUGUGUGUUCAGCUCUAUAAAAUAGAAGAGGCUGCUACACAUUUUGAAGAAGCUAGAGAGAUAUUGGAGAGGGAAUGUGGAAACUAUCAUUUAGACACUCUUGGAGUGUAUAGCAACCUAGCUGCAACUUAUGAUGCAUUAGGAAGAGUUGAAGAUGCAAUUCGGAUAUUGGAAUACAUACUGAAAAUGAGAGAAGAGAAACUUGGAACUGCGAAUCCGGAUGUUGAUGAAGAAAAGAAAAGACUGUUUGAGCUUUUGAAAGAAGCUGGAAGAGUUCGAAGUAGGAAGGGAAAAUCUCUUGAAAACCUUAUCGAUUCGAACUCGUUGAAGAUGAAGAAGGAUGGAAGAAGGAGAUGGGGUGCAUUUAGUUUUAGAACUUAAGAGAUGUUUUGUUCUUGCAACAGAAAAUUGGUCUCUUUUGUUUUGCAUUUGUGAGAGAAUUUGUGAAGGUUUUAGACGGAAGAUGUUUCCUUCUUCCUCAUAUAUUUUUUAAUAUAAUGCCAGUUUCAUUUA